GGGGAAUGGGGCACUUCCUGUUUGCAGUGAGCUGCUGUUGUCAGUUUCAACAAAAUGGCUGCUAGAGGACCGCAAACGCAAGCCCAGUAAACGCCUUUAUGUCACUACAGAGCAAUUUAAAUGGACAUCUCGGAGUUUUUUUCCACUCAGAGCACGUACUCGUGUGGACUCGUUUGCACGCGUGUUAGCGAGAUAAAUGCACGCUGAGAACGUUUGUGCACUUUUAUCGCCUUGUCGAGAUGAACACGUCAUUGAAAAGGCGCAGCGCGCGCGGUGGAGCUGCUGCACGCGCCGAACACAAACACUGAGCUGCUCGUCUGCGUGCUCAAAGCGCUUGUUUCCUCUGUUUGCACUGGUUGUUUUUGUUUGUAUUGUUUUAUUUUCUGCACAAAAAAAAAACGGACUGAAUCCCUGACGUGGAAAAGCCAAGCUAGCUGUUUGACUGCAGUGUUGAGUCGCCGGGGUGUCAGUGCGGGUGUAUAAACACGUCCCCGGGACACGAAAACCUUUCUGCACUAAACCGCCAUUGCUGGACGUGUGAUGUAAGCAAUGUCGUAGAAAAACCAACCCUGGUGCAAGUCGGGAGACGAGGCAAGAACCACGAGAACAGACCCAUUUGAUGGAAGAAAAGAAAAAGAAAAAGCAAGAGGAAAAGAAGAAAAAGGAAGUCGCUCAGAAAAAGGCUGCUGAACAGGAAACCAAAGUGCCAGACUCUGCCAAGCCCAGCCCUGCCCCUCUUCCCCCUGCCAAUCCCAGCACUACCAGCCCCUCUGUGCCCUCGGCCAGCAGCAGUGGUGCCAAUGGCAAGCGUGCGCCCUCCAGCACCCAGCAGCAACCGCAGUCGGCAGUACAGCGAUACCCACCUCGAGAGGUCCCACCACGUUUCCGCCAACACGAGCACAAGCAGCUACUGAAGAGAGGACAACCUCUGCCUCCUGGGAACCUUGCUGUUGUGCUGCCAUCCUCAAGCAAUCCUACUGUGCAGUCCUUCCCCAGCCAGUCACACCCAGACCUGCCCUUGCAGAGUGCCCAUUCAGCACAGUAUGAAAGUCCCCACUGGGGACAUACACCAAUCAACAGCAGUGCUACUAUAGUCACAACCAAUAACGGUGGCUGGGAUCAACUGAUUAUAGACAAAAGUGAUUCAGAGGAGUGGCCUUCUAUUUCUCACAGCGAAAGCCACAUCCCUGCAGGAUGCCCAUCAGAUACUGAGAUUAUCAACAGCAGCACAGACAUCAUGAGUAUGGCCACAGGAGGCAGCCAGCAAGGACACUUUCCCACUAAUCAUCCCAGUAAAGCCAGUAACAGCCACUCAGGAGGUAUCCUCUCCAGCCAGAGUGGGGCCAGUAGAGGCUGGGGCUCUGGUCCAUCUCCUGCCAUUGCUGGAGAGGGAAAGGGUGAGAGCAACAGUGCAUCAAUGGGAGCCAGGACCUGGGGCUCCUCCAACUUUAACUUGAAUUUGAAUCCCAAUGCUAACCCCUCUGCCUGGCCAGUCCUGGGACAUGAGGGGAUGGGCGUGGGUGGCAGCUCUGGAGUAUCCAACCAAGCUCCAUCUAAUAUCUGCAGCCCACCGUGUGCUCCCUCCUCUGGACCGAGCAGUAGUGGAAAUUUAAUUGGUGACAAUGGAAAUUCUGCUGGAAACUCUGGUAACGGUAAAGGCAGCACCGCUUGGGGUGGUAUGGUGUCUAAUGACACCUCUGAGCCACACUCCUCUUCCACGAAUGUGUCUUUUAGCUCUGAACCUCAGAACCUUAACACUGAAGGACCAAAUCACACUAAGCAGGAGCCCAUGAGCCCUGCCAAUAGUAUGCCUAACUGGAAUGUCAACCCUGUUGGCAUGGGCUCUUUUGUCCAGUCUUCAACAGGAAGCUCACAGGUCAAUGGGGAGGAGGGGUCUGUGUGGGGUAAUGGAGAUGCCAAAUCUGCCAGUAGCUCUAAGGAUUCUGGAUGGGAUUCAGGAAGUGGUUGGGGUCAAGGAGUAGCUUCAGCCACCCCUGGCUGGGGACAAGCCACAUCCAAUGGGGACUGGGGCAAGCAUUCCACUGAACCUAAAGGGUGGGAGUCUGCAGGAUCUCCCACUCAAGAGCAGCCACUAAGUUCUUGGGGCAGUGGGGCUAAUGCUCCAGCUAGUGAGGGAAGCAGUGACAGCGUGGAUGGUCAUUCUCACAGGAGGGAAUGCUCAUCAAGAGAUAUGGCCCCACCUCUCCUGCCUGCCCAGGACAUGGACCCAAGAGUUCUGUGCAACACAGGAUGGGGACAGACUCCAGUGCGUCAGCACACAGCAUGGGAGACGGAAGAAGCUGCACACUCAAAUAACAAGAAUGAUGCUGGUACAGAAGCAUGGGGCUCAUCUUCAAAUGCACCUCAUAUGGCACAACCAUCAUCUCAUGGUAGUGUUAAUCCAAGUUCUCGACCUGAUUCUGGGGGCAAGAGUGAUGCACAUCGCCCUGCUGCAGCAACUCCAUCAGGCUGGGGACCGUCCCCCACUCAACCCUGCUCUGGAUGGGGUGACAAUGCCAAGAAACCCACUAUUGGUUCUGGGGGCUGGGGCAACGCACCACAAGGAGGCCACAGUGGCAACUUGCAAAAAAGUGGGCAGUCUUGGGGCUCUGAAGACAAAUCUUCUAAUUGGGAUGACUCCCAUUCCAAGGCUAAAUCUCAGGGUUGGGGAGAGAACCCCAAGCCAUCCCAUGGUUGGAGCAGUGAGCGAGGAGGGGACAGUGGAGCUGGAGAUGAGUGGGGUGACUCUGGAGAAGGGAAGAAGAAUGGGCCAUCCAGCUCUUCCUGGGAGGGAGAUGGAACAGGGUGGAAAGAAAGCCCUCGUAGUUGGGGAAAGCCAUCCCCUGGUGGUGGAUGGGGAGAUGAACAACGCUCCAAUGCCUCAACACAGGGGUGGCGCAACAAGUCUCAGGAGGGUGGCAAUGGCAGCAGUACUGGUGCGAGCAUGGGUUCAUGGGGAGGAUCAGGCUCUGUCAAGAGUGGUUCAGGUUGGGGGGGAAGCAAUGGGGGAGGAGUAAAACAUAAUCAUGCUUCAGAGCCAACGGGAUGGGAAGAGCCGUCCCCACCGUCCAUCCGACGCAAGAUGGAAAUUGAUGAUGGUACCUCAGCUUGGGGUGAUCCAAGCAGUUAUAAUAAGACAGUUAACCUCUGGGACAGGAACAAUCCUGGAAUGCAGAGUAAAACAGGCUCUGGGAAUGCUAACAAUCCCCCCAGCAACCAUCACCACCAUACCCACCAUAAUCAGCCUCCGUUGCAGGGCCAUGGACAUGGAGGGCCAGCUGCAACCAACAGCCAUAUCACUCCUGACAAUACAAGCCCACACCAAGUUGUGGCUCCUCAUAACAGAGCACCCCUGAUGACCACAGGAUGGGGGGAAAUGCCUAAUGUCCACUCCAAACCUGAGCCUUCAUGGGGAGAGCCAGUACCUUCUCCAGCAAGCGUGGACAAUGGCACAUCAGCCUGGGGCAAACCCAGUGGGGGCUGGUCUGACAGUAGCCCUGAAGGCUAUGGCCGAGGUGGAGGCCCACCAGGAUCUGCCCCCUGCAAACCAGCCUCUAAAACUAUGCAAGAAGGCUGGGGAGGUGGAGAGGACAUGAACCUGUCGUCAGGGCAGUGGGAGCAGGAUGAGGGUGACAUGUGGAACAGUACAGCCUCUCAGGAGAGCAGCUCAUCCUGUAGUUCUUGGGGCAACCAGCCCAAGAAAGGUUCUCAGAAGCCGAAGGUUCCUAAUAAACAAGAUGAUGCUUGGAUUAUGACCCGUCUGAUUAAGCAGCUGACCGAUAUGGGUUUCCCUAGAGACCCGGCAGAGGACGCUUUGAAGAGCAACAAUAUGAACUUGGACCAGGCUAUGACUGCCCUGUUAGAAAAGAAGACUGAAUUAGAUAAGCGAGGGUUGGGAAUAUCUGACUACAGUAAUGGCCUCAUCAACAAGCCAAUGAGCUGCAGGCCUUCGAUCAUCUCCAAAGACUCCUCCUCAGACCGUCCUGCCUUCAUGGACAAGGAUGGAGGAUUAGCGGACGAUGCCCAAACUUCACCAUUUAUGCCUUCUCCCAGCCUGAAGCUCCCGUUGGCUAGUGCUGCCCUCCCUAGCCAGAGUAUUGGGGUCACAAUGCAAAACUUGAACAGACAGAUGCAGAGUGGCAUGUUUGGCAGUAGUGGAACAGCACAAGCCCGGGCCCUGCAGCAGCCUCCUCCUCAGCCAGCAGUGCCACCUCUCAACUCCUCCCAGCCUAGUCUACGUGCUCAAGUGCCUCAGUUUCUCUCCCCUCAGGUUCAAGCACAGCUCUUACAGUUUGCAGCAAAAAACAUUGGUCUCAACCCUGCACUUUUAACCUCACCAAUAAACCCUCAGCAUAUGACCUUGUUGAACCAACUCUACCAUCUGCAACUGGCAUACCAGCGUUUACAAAUUCAACAGCAGAUGUUGCAGGCACAGCGUAACGUUUCUGGCCCUAUCAGACAACAGGAGCAGCAAGUUGCACGUACAAUCAAUAACAUGCAGCAGCAGAUCCAGCAGCACCAGCGGCAGCUGGCCCAGGUUCUGCUGGUGAAGCAGCAGCAGCAGCAGCAGCAGCCUCCUCCUUCUCAUCCUAGCUUGCAUCCCAGCACAGGCAAAUCAGCACUGGAAACGUUUUCAUCACACCAACAGGCAUCAGGCCUAACUGUCUCUGAUCUGCCGACCAAAGAGCCGCAGUCGUCUCCCAACACAUUCUCCUCUUACACUCUCUCUGGACUGAACCCCAACAUGAAUGUAAACUGCAUGGAGGUGGGAGGUCUGUCUAUGAAGGACUCUCCUCAGCCUCAGUCGCGCCUGUCACAGUGGACGCACCCCAACUCCAUGGAGAAUCUCUCUGGCAGCUCCUCACCUAUGGAACCUGGCCACAGCAAGCAUGGUGCCAUCUCUGUAGGUCCAAACCUUGGUGCUUCCGGUAAACCCACUAUGGACGACUCCUACAACCCGUAUAACCUGAUGCAGGGCACCGACUCUCCUGCUAGUUCAAUGGUGACCCCGGACAGCUGGGGCCAGGGAAAGAAUAACAGUGACAAGAUGUCCAAUGGGACCAACAUCAGCUGGCCACCAGAGUUCUGCCCAGGAGUGCCCUGGAAAGGACUACAGAAUAUUGACCCUGAGACUGACCCCAAUGUGACCCCAGGAAGUGUUCCCAGUGGCCCCACCAUCAACACCAACAUUCAGGAUGUGAACCGCUACCUACUGAGAGACAGGAGUGGAGGCAAACUGCCAGACCUGAAAUCCACUUGGUCGCCAGGACCCAUCUCACACACGCAGGCCUCGCUGUCCCAUGAGCUGUGGAAGGUGCCUCAGGGACCAAGGAACACUACAGCCCCCACCCGUCCUCCACCUGGCCUGACCAAUACCAAGCCCUCCUCCACCUGGGGGGGCAACAGCCUAGGCUUGGUGCCGGGCUGGAGUGGUUCUUACUCUUCAGGUACCACAUGGAGUACAGACAGCUCCAACAGGACCAGCAGCUGGCUGGUUCUAAGGAACCUUACACCCCAGAUUGACGGCUCUACUCUGCGGACGCUGUGCAUGCAGCACGGCCCCUUAAUCACAUUCCACCUCAACUUGACGCAGGGCAACGCCGUGGUGCGCUACAGCUCCAAGGACGAGGCUGGCAAAGCCCAGAAGUCCCUACACAUGUGUGUGCUGGGCAACACCACCAUCCUAGCAGAAUUCGCUGGAGAGGAGGAGGUGAACCGCUUCUUUGCACAGGGUCAAUCCCUCACACCCACCACCAGCUGGCAGGCCAACCCGGGCACCAAUCAGACGCGGUUGGGGGGUGGAGCGUCUGCCAAUUCGCACCCUAUUGGCCACUGGAACACCGCCGGCCUGGGAGGAGGCGGAGCUGGCAGUGCAGCUAAGGCAGGCAACGAGCUGCUAUGGGGGGGCGUACAGCAGUACUCUAGCCUUUGGGGGCCGCCCAGUACAGAGGAGGGCCGAGUGGUAGGCAGCCCAACCCCUAUUAACACGCUGCUUCCAGGAGACCUGCUGAGCGGAGAGUCCAUGUGAGGGUGUCGACGCAGGAGAAUUAUGAAUAUUUGAAAAAUCAAAAUGAACAUGAAACAGUGAAACAAAUAAAAAACUUGAAGAAAUAUAAUUACGCAGGAGCAAAAACCAAGCAAAAUCAUGUGGUGAUAAUCAGCAUCAGUGGAACUGUGAACCAAGAGACGGGAGGCUGAAGAUACACUUGUAGAGGCUGCUGACCUUCUUCCUCUUCUCCUCCUUUUUUUAUUUUGCAUCAUUUCAGUGGAUUUUUGUGUUCUUCCUUUUUUUCAUGUGAGGCUUUGGUUACAGUAUUUUCUAAGACUUAUGGAGAAGAGCAAGUGACUAAACUGAAAGGAAAUAGAACCUUUAAUUACAAACUUUCUCUUAAUAACUGAAAACUGUGUGAAACUGUAUUUUACUACAACUGAUCAGACAAGCUGCCAUUUUUAAACGUCCCCUGGCACAAGCCCCUCAUCACCCCAGAUACACCGUACGAGCCUUCCUCCCUACUCCCCCAAAGAAACGCAUCAUUCUGAUCAGCCCUUCCCUUUAGACUGUAUCCACUGCUUUUUGUUCAUCUGUUAGCCUGGCGGGUUCGUUUAACAGCACUAAACUAGCCUUAACUGCUUACCAGCCCCAUCUCCUACACACUCACUCUGGGCUUACAGAAGAGAUGGAUCAGAGAAUUGCACAUUUUUCCUCACUUUUUCGAGCCAGCAGAGAAGAAAAGUUCCAUGCUUGACUUAGCACAUAGGCCACAGCACACAUCUGCUUCUCCUUCAGACCUCAGUCAUCACCCUCGUCUGUCCGCAUCACUAUUAAAGUGGCAGACGUGCGGCUGGUGCUUACUCAUCUGCAGGACAGGCUGAGCAAAUAGUUGCCAGCACCUGUGUGUGUGUAUGUUUGUGUGUGUGUGUGUGUAUGUCUGUGUGCUGCAUUAACCACUGUCUUCAGAACUUUUUAACAAAACACUUGGAACACAACACACAGAACGGACACACCAAAACACGUUCAUUUCCUUCUCUUCUGCUCCAUGAAUGACCUCAGUUAUUUGUGACCCAGUGGGGGAAAAAGAAAAAAAAUCAUGUUUGUCGGACGUGCAAUAUGCCACAGACUCUUCCGUCCAUCGUUAUACAGAGCUUAUGCUGGUGAAGUUUCCUUUUCAAAUUGAAGUUGGGGAGGGGGGGCAAACACACACACACGCACACACACACACACAGCUCCCUCAUCCAACAAAUGCGGGGACAUAGAGGAAGACUUUCCCAUGGUGUGCGAGUCUGUAGUGAAGACGAUCACUAGCACUUCCUUAAAGACACAGAGUGACCAUAGCAGGAUGUGGGCUUCAAACCAAAUAAGUGUUUCUUGUAACCCAGUAGACAAGGUGCAUUUUAUGUUAUAUUUGGUACAAAAAGAACAGAACAAAGAGACUGCUUGGAAAAAAAUUGGGUGGUUGAUCAUAGCACUUACCAAGAGCAUCAAGCUCCAACUUCAAUGCCAACAAAUCACACAUGGAAAGCUGGAACUGAAAAAAUGCAAAGAAAAAGCAAUCUACAUAGCUUUUCCAUGCUCUCUCUUUUUUGUUGUUGUUUUUAAGAAAAAAAAAACUCUAAGUGGAGUUUUUCUCCUUAUGUCCCUUGGAUGGACGUCAAAUGGUAGCAAAUGAAGGGUAGUUUAAAACAAAAACAAACAAAAAAAAAACAAAAAAAACAUGCAAAACUGAUUCUGAAGCGUUCUAGAGUUUAUAUAUAUAUAUAUAUAUAUAUAUAUAUAUAUAUAGAUAUAUAGAUAUAUAGAUAUAUAGAUAUAUAUAAUACACAUAUAUAGAUAUAUAUCAAAGUAAAUAUUGCUGUUACAGUACUCCAACAUUGUUAGCCUUUUGUGUGGAGAUGCUAGACAUGUCCAUAUGUGGUAAUAGAUCCUGCGGGGCCCUUACGCCUGGCGGCCCCACCUUCCUUGGAUAAUAAGUGUGGCCACUGAGUGCCUAUCUUGUUGUGGCAAGCCUCUGUGCCCACGCUGACUCUGUCGCCACUGUGCCAGACCGGUGCGCCCGAUGCAGAGCGUACUUGGAGCUGCUGUUUGGCCUGGCGCAGAGUGGCAGCUCUCUCAGAAAUGGCCCGACAGUACUCUUGCGCCAGCAUUUUGACCUCGUCUCAACUAUCUUAAAACUCUUUCUUUUCAUGCAAAGAUCACUUUAGCUGGAAGUGGACAAGAUCCUUUCAUGUCAUUUUCAAUUAUUGGUUGUAAAAAAAAUGUUUUUUUGUUUUUUUUUGGGGGUUUUUUUUUUUGUUCCCUGGAAUCGCAAGUGUUAUUUUUUUGUCAGCAUUGCUGUUAUUGUUGUCAUUAACGAUACUUUAUGCUCUUUAAGUGUGUGUGUGUGUGUGUGUGUGUGUGUGUGUGUGUGUGUGUGUGUGUGUGUGUGUGUGUGUGUGUGAGUGAGAGUACGAGUGAGAGAGCGAGUGUGAGUUCAUGCAGUGGUCUUUUUACAGUGUAGCUGCUCUUUACCAGCCCCUUUCACUGCACAUAUGCAGGAACAUUUGGAGAAAGAGGCAUGUGGAAGCUUUUUUUAUUGCAACAGGUCAUGUUACUAUGCCAUUUCAGACGAUCAUGCUGAUCUAGAACAGCAGUUUUGGGGAUUUUUCCUUUUCUGGGUUGCUCUUGUUGAUGAGUUUUGGGGCACAUCCUACUGGAAUUAGGGAACUCUAGUUAAGAGUAUUAGACAUGCUCAGCCUGCCUGCUACCUCUCCAUUAACACACACACACACACCCCGCUUUCCUCCUGCUUAUCCCGGCACUGUCCUGCAAGACGGUACUCAUACUGGUGCUGAAGACAAAACAACAGAGUGCAACUCUUCCCGUACCACGUCUCAUUUUCACAGUAAUAAAAAAGCAAAUGACAAGAGACACCCUCUUUUUCUAUGCAAAGUCUGAGUGAGACCUACUUGUUCACUGUCACCCAAUACAGCUCAUCGUUUCCUGAUUUCGUUUUGUCAAGCUGGUGUGCAGGCAGCUUCCUGUUACUGUGGCCUUCAUGUGUUCAUAUGUAUGCAUCUCUGAAUGCCAGUCCUGAAAACUGAUCUGAAUUUAGCCCUUGUUGCUUUCCCUCUAAAAGAUUUAAACUAUGUGCAUGCAAUCUCAGGGCAGACUCGGAGAACUCCAAACAGUUUACCCAAAUCUGGGUAUUUCUGUAGUGUUCAGUGGUUGGCGUCUUUUUUCUCAUAUAUUCUGUAGUUUUGGUUAGAAUUAGUGCGGCUAUAACGGUGGGCGUUACUGGAAAUUUUGUGUUUGCCUUUGUAUGUACGAGUUCUUCAGCAUGCAACCUGUUUCUGUAACAUUACCAAAAAUGUUCGACACCCAUGGGGAAAAAACAAACAAAAACAGAUUUUCUACAGAUUUUGAUCCUUUUUUUUUAGAUGGUUGAAUACAUGGUAAUGGAAAGGUAGAAUGCAGGCUGGCAUCAAGGGUAACUGAUGGGUAGCGCCUUGCCCCAGGCAUUAAAAUUCUCCAGAAAGGACUGCUGUGAACUAAAACAGGGAUUGCCAAAUUCUUAGGUAUGCUGUAGGUAAUCUAUGUUAAUGUGGGGUGCAUCAUGUGUUUCAUUUUUAAGCCAAAAAUAAGAGAUUGUCCUUGUAUUAUUUUUAACUUCAAAGUAACUUCAAAACCUGUAGUAGACUCUUGGCUGAAGCCAAACUUUGGGGACACUGUAUUUAUGGGAUUCUCAUCUGUCCUGACUGCUCUGUUCUGACUGCUCUGGAGCUGAAGCACCCCAAGACAUCAGAAUUAAAUAUCUCCUGUAUAUUUAGCCCCAGGUUAUAUUACGUUAGUGAUGAGUAGUGUCUACUCCUCGUUCAUAUCAUCAGUGAUGAUGAAGAGGCUGCAAUUAAUUCACAUCCAGAUCUGGCUUGUGUUCUGUACUGUGACCUGAAUAAUAUUGGAAAACUAUCACAGGUAUGCAGUUUGGUACAGAGUCAGCUUUUUAAAAACUUCAUCAUUUGGUUUCAUAUUUUCAUUAUUGCCAGCUCCUGAAGCAGCCGGUGAGGCUCCCAGUUCUGUACGGCAAAUGUUGUGCGGCCAAUCGACUAAUUUUAUGCAAGGGCUGCGGGUUUUUAGUUUUCAAACAAAUUGUAUAUCAUCACACAUUUGUAGAAGGUUUAAAGACCCCAGUGAUAUUUAUAAGCUGGUGCCUAUGGACCUAUCAAAAUCAGGACAAGAGCAAAUGUCAGUUGGCACCAGGUCUGGAAAGGGGGAAAGGCCCUAGUGAGUGACACUAGUAAUAAUCACUAUUGCCUGUCUUUGUUCCCUUUUUAUUCCAAACUGCCUUGCUUUCAACUGUACUCCAAGCCAACAGACGUCACAUUUACAAGCGGGGUUAAGUGAUUGAUCCCCCAGUUGACUGAGACACAGCUGCAGCAGUCUCGUCUUUUUUUUUACCUCACUAAAUGUCCGUUCCACUACUGUGGAUCUGAUUUAGGACUAAUGCACCCCAACUUCCCCAACGAUCAGAACGCUGCUUAAGCAAAAAAAUGGGGAUGGUUAGGGAGGGAAAGAGAUCAGCUUAAAGAGAAUCCAAUCUUUUCUAAUGUCCUGGGUAAAAUAUGCACAUACUGGUUUAUAUACAUGCACAUUUGAAAACAGAGGCAUGUAUAAAGCUGGUUAUCUCUUUCCACUUUAAUUUUGCUCUCCCAGGCCAAUUUAAAAAUGCCAACUAUUUUUUUUUCUCUGUGCACCCAUAUCAAAAGUAUAAACAUAUCAAAUUUACGAAAAUGAACGAUAUACUAAUACUUGAAUCAAAAGAAGCGCCAAUAAUGUAAUGUGAAAAAUGUUUUGUAAUGGUUUUUGUCAUUCAUACACUUCCAAGCUUUUUGAUAACAUCAGUUCAGAAUGAACUUAAAAAAAAAAAUAAAAAAAAAAUGUGUGGAGGAAGAAAAAAAAAAGCAAAAUGACAUCUAUUGUAUGUGUGUUUGCACAAAACUGUGUGUUCUGAUGGGUGAAUGACUGUGAUUGUUAUUCUGUCUGUACAAGUGGGCAAAGGUUCAAAAUAUAAUGUGCGCCUCUAGGGGGUUAGUUCCCACCUUAUGGUUUAUAUUCAGUAUCUUUACAGGUUAAUUGUCCUUUUUUUUUUUUUUUUUCGCUAGUCUGUAGUCAGAAACCUUUUCGGAUAUGUAUUGUUACUAGCUCCUAGCGUUGCACUGAGUGUCUGCCUCCCCUCUUUCAGCUAAUCGUACAACAUGAAAUAAAGUACUGAGGGAUAAGGUGACAAUUCAUGUGUUAAGGUUUACUCAAGGACUUAGAGGGAGAAAAAAUUGUGUUUUUAUCUGUAAUAUGAUUAUCUACUUUAUAGUGGCUUUUUUUGCUUUCAUGAAAAAUAACUGAGUAUUGCACCAUUUUUUCCAAAUUAUAAAAGUAAAAAAUAAAUAAAAUAAAAAAAUUUAAAAAACGAAAGUAAAAAAAAUAUAUUGUGGCCAUAGGUUGGUAUAGAUGGACUUGUAACUUUCAGUGUCAGCUUCAUGCUAAAUGGAAGAUGAGUUUGUUACAAGUCUUAAUUCAGUGGUGCCUACCUUUUUUUUUUAAUCAUUAUUAUUAUUAUUCUUUUUUUUUUUUUCCUCCAAGGCCACCAACAGUUUACAAGCAUUUCAUGUUGUUCAAAGAAAAAGGAAAUUACUGUGGGAAUGUCCAAAAAAGGACAUACUUCCAUCAUGAAUAACAAAAAAAAAAAAAAAAACACUUUACUGAAUGAAGAUUAUUGUGCUACUUGCAGAACUCUGGGAUUGAUCAGUGUUGUCAUGUUGUGAUUCACUUUUUUUUGUGUCGUCAUUGUUGAUUUCAUGGACUAUUUGAAGUCUGUAUGUUUUUUUAUUUUUCCUUUGUGCAAAUAAUUGCUCACUAUCUUGCACAUACAUAAAAAGUGGAUCAUGUCUCAGGAAGGCAAGGGUUCCAGAGUACCAACUCCACACCAUUUUAAUGUUCAUUUUUAUAAGUAAAAAAAAAAAUCAAUUAAGAAAAUGAAGCACUGAAGGUUAUGGAUUUCAGAAGAAAAAUACCUUUUUGUUUCUAAAUCCGUAGCAGUUACAUAUUUACCAAAAAAAUGGACUCUAAAUGAACUUUAAACAAUGGAGUGCUUUAUAUUAAAAAAAAAGUCUAUAUAUUAAAAUUGCUUUACAUUUUAGACAAAGUGAUCAAUGAAUUUUGAUUGUUUGAAAGACAGUAAAAGAGCAUACAAGUACUGUAUGUGGUAAUCUUUAUUGUAUUUUCUUAACAUGAGGUCCCUUCCUGUCGAAAUCAGGAACAUUUGUGCAUUACUAUUUCUUUCCUUUCUGCCAUUCUCUCUCGUGGCGGGUAUUAUGUACGGAAAAAAAAGAUGUAUAAAAGCAUUUCUUCUGCAUCAAUUUGAAGGAUUGAAAGCAAGCUGGUUUUUAAGGAUCAUGAUCUAUGCACAAGUGGGGUGUAGAGGUGAUAAAGACCUCUGUGACCCAUCUCAUGGGAUUCGGGGAAUUAUUUUGGGGGCUUUUCCUUCCAUUGUACUCAUUAUGUUGCCUCUUUAUUCCUGUCAACAUCUUUUAUUAAUCGUGUACUACAGUACCAGUACUUUACCAUGCUGUUUUAUUCCUAAACCAAUGAGCAUCUCACUCUAAAGCACUGUGGGGUUUUUUUUGUAGCCUGUGAUAAGGGUGUGUCUUGUGUGUUCUCUUUGUUCCUGUGUUACUAGGGUUGGGGGUGGGCAGAGGGUUGCUUUUGCCUUUUAAAAUAUUAAGGGAAAUGCCUGUACUGAGAUUUUAAAAUGACAGUGGCUUUUAAUGUCUCUCUCUCUCUAUCUCUCUCUCUUUCUCUCUCUAUCUCUCUCACUCCUCAUAGAAUGUGAUUGUUGAUGACAUGCACCGAAAUGUUACAUGAACAAUGGAGCUUCUUUCAACCUAUUAAUAAAUUGCAUUUUUUGGCUGUAA